CCACGACACACGACACUCGAAGCACGCAGUCACACACAUAGGCACAUAGGCUGUGCGCUCACCGAAUCCCUAAUUGUUGUUGCAUUGAUCACUCCCGGUUCUCGUGGACAAUGGACAAAAGGAUUAGCGACUGUGGCGCGUUAUGAUAUUCGCACCAAAUUCACUGUGGGCGAGCGAGUGGUUGAGCGAGGCCCAAGCGACCGUGGGCGCGUGCAAUUCAGCGCCCCGCCUUCGCCGCUCACCACCGCUCUCAGCGUUGGAAGCCGCCAAGAGUCGAACCUUCUCUGUUUCGUCGGAGCGGUGAACAGCUCCGCGUUAAGGAGGAGGAUAUGGCGAAGCUUUAUCGUGCUCUUCAACGCCUUCAUGGAUCGGCGAGAGGAGCCUUGGGGCAGGUGCGGCCGUUGAUCCGCGAUGCCAGUGGCUUGUUGGGGAACGGGACCGCUGGAGGCAGUCAUGUACGCGCAUUUGCUGUGGCGGCUGCAGAAGACGAUGUCAUCAAGACAGCAUUUUCGAAGCAGCAGCAGAACUUCAGGGCCACGUUGAAAGAGCUCGAGAAAGUGCAACUCCCCAUGGAUCCGGAGGACCCAUCACAGGUGGAGAAGUAUGCCAGUAUCAUGAAGUCUGUCAGGCAGAAGCUUGGUGUUCCUUCAAUGCCAGAGAAAAUUGGAUCUCUGAUUGACGAGGCUUACGAAGCGGCCCCUGAUGUGCGGUCCUUCCUCGAAGAAUCUAAGCGCAUCCGACAAGAGCUUGGGAUCGAGGAUUAUUUGGGAGUGUCCUCGUUAACCAUGGAGGCACUUGACCGCCUUGAGCAGAAGUCAGGAAAGCGCAUCUCUCUCUCCGAUACGAAGGAAAUGGCCGCAUUCAGACAAGAGAUUCAAGCCAUCAACCAGAAGCUUGGACUAACUGACUCACUGGAGCAGCUGGAGCAAGAGGUAGAGAUGGAUAUGGCGAAGGAGGAGAUGACUGAGAUGAAGAAUGCUGCACUGGAGAAGAUGGAGAGCGUCAAGAAGAAGGAUGGGCUGGACUUCAUCAAUGUGGACCUGAAAACUCUGAAUCCAUCUGCCUACCUCUAGGUGAGGCCCGGUUUGCGGUGACGGUCUUGCUGCACUGAAUGCCUACCAAGCUGCGCUGCGCUGAGUGCCUACUAUAUACAUACUCGUUGCAAUCUGCGAGUCGCUGUUGCUCCUUCCACAGCGUGAGUACCUUAUCGUCCUCCUAGUGACAUGGGUGUGGGGCUCAUCUCAGGUAGUCUGCGCGUGCUUACCUUAGCUUACACAAGAGGCUUUUCGCUUGUCCCGGCGACUGAGUGGUUGUGCACUACUCAAUGUUGUGGACAGUUGAGCAUGUCAACUCGGGCUAGAAUGCGGGCGGGCGGGCGGGGGUGGAUUCGUAUUGUUCUCGAGGCGAGAACCAACUUUUGGACACUGUUUGCCAUCGGAUUUAAUUACCAUCUGUUUGUUGUUUCCAUUUCACAGCCGUGCGGUCCAAACUGCAAUGUGGCUGGGUUUUAUCCAAAACGGUCUCUGUCAAAGAGCUGGGUGUCUGUAACUGCUUUGUAUCUAGGCGCAAGAGAGAAGUGGAAGAUGAUUGAAAACGUGCAUGUAGAAUGUAUCAGCAGGAGUGGAGGAAAAAACACACCCAGUUUUUUUUUUUUGGGGGGGGG